CAAUAGGUGGCACCAAUGUACGAGAGUGCAUCAGUGCCAAGGAGGAAGCCAGCAGAGGAGACGCUCGUGUUGCUUUACUCGAAACUGCAGCAAGGCAAGGAGGAGCAGACAGACAUGUGGCAGGAGGUCCUUCCCAAUGCCUGGGAGAGCAUCUUGUCCCACAUCAGGUCUUUUCAGAAUUCUCAGAAGAAUGCAGUCCUGGUCCCUGUGGCUGCUGUGGGUGUUGGAGGGAUGCUGGUUUGCUGGCUGAUGUCUAGACGCAAGAUCAAGAGUAUUGAAAUGGGUGAUGGAUGGUGGGGCUCAGGUGAAAAACCUCUAAAAGGGAAAGAAGAUGAAAGCAUCCGCCCCUUCAAGAUUGAAACAUCUGAUGAAGAAAUUGAGGACCUGCACCGCCGCCUCGACCAGGCUCGCUACGCACCUCCGCUGGAAGGGGCAGCCUUCAACUAUGGCUUCAACUCUGACUACCUGCAGAAAGUGGUGGCCUACUGGAGGAACAAGUUUGACUGGCACAAGCAAGUGGAAAUCCUGAACAAGUACCCUCAUUUCCGUACCACCAUCGAAGGGAUUGAUAUCCAUUUUAUCCAUGUGAAGCCCUCCUAUGUCCCUCAUGGAAAAGCUGUUCAGCCUCUCCUGAUGGUCCAUGGCUGGCCUGGUUCUUUCUAUGAGUUCUACAAGAUCAUCCCUCUACUCACGGAUCCAACCAAGCAUGGCCUGGACAGUGGUGAUGUGGUGUUUGAGGUCAUCUGCCCAUCCAUACCAGGCUAUGGCUUCUCAGAGGCACCACACCAGCAAGGUUUUGAUACCCUUGCAACUGCUCGGAUAUUUCACAAGCUGAUGAAGAGACUGGGCUUCAAGGAAUACUACGUACAGGGAGGAGACUGGGGAUCUCGUGUUACAACAAAUAUGUCCCAGAUGCUGCCACAGUCUGUGAAAGGACUUCAUCUGAAUCUCGUCUUCAUUAGCGUACGAGGCUUGAAAAAGGUGAUUCAAGUGAUGCUUGGGACUUACCUACCAUGGCUUGUAGGCUUCACCAGGGAAGAUGUUCGCCGGAUGUACCCUUUCAUGCAGAAGAACGUAUUUGACAUUCUGCGAGAAUCUGGAUACUUACACAUCCAAGCCACCAAACCAGACACUGCAGGUUGUGGAUUGAAUGAUUCCCCUGUGGGGCUUGCUGCAUAUAUUUUGGAGAAAUUCUCUACAUGGACAGAUAAAUCAUUCCUGCGUAAAGAUGAUGGAGGCUUGGAAAGCAAGUAUUCUCUCGAUGACCUUUUGACCAAUGUGAUGAUUUACUGGGUGACAGCAUCUAUUGUGCCCUCAAUGCGAUAUUACAAGGAGAACUUUGCCCAGGACCCUGGCCUUACUGCUGAUUCCAGGGUUGGAGUAUAUGUUCCGACAGCCAUUGCAGCUUUUCCCCAGGAGAUAGCACAUACACCACAGGUCUGGGCAAAGAAUAUCUUCAAGAACAUUGUCCGUUACUCUUACAUGCCGCGUGGAGGGCAUUUUGCUGCCUUUGAAGAACCAAAGCUGCUGGCACAAGACAUCUUCCACUUUGUGAGAAAGGUGGAGCAGCUGUGAACCUGCAGUUUAGAUACACAUAUAGAAUGGAAGCAAGUUGUUCUACCAUCCACAGAAACCUUAGUUUAAGAGAUUAAAUAAACUCAAUACAAUCUCAA